ACCUACUUGCGUUCCCAUUUCGUGACGUCACUGAUUCUGACACCGUCCAUUUCAAUGACGUGAACACAACUGUCUGUUUAUUUUGGUUUUCUACGAUAAACUGUAGAGCUUUUCACAUGGUGGAUAAUAUACAAUAAACAACGUUGGCAAAGAAGCUUUGCCAUGAGUUCUUUAGCUUUUGUUACUCACCCAAGUGUUCGUAUAAAAGGAACAGAAAAUAGUUACACUCCUUCCCAGUGCCUUGAUGAUAGGUGUCCAGUUAAAGCACCUCACUUGCAUUGUCCUUUCUGUGUCAAGACUGAUGCCUACCAAGAUCCUGUUAUCCUUAAGGCUCACUACAGAGUGAAACAUGUUGACAAAGGCAUUGAAUUUGCUGGUUUGAAGAUUCUGAGGUGUUGUGAUCAGUGUGAUAUCAUAGGUAUCAUUAAAGGAGAAAAACGUUUCAAAGGAGCUCACUGGCAUUGUUAUCGUUGUCGCAACGGUUUCAAUAGAAGGGAUGAGGCCAUAAAGCAUUAUAAAACUCACUUCCGCAAUCCACAAACUACCUUUCAGAUACAGAUCACUCAGGAUCUCAACUCUCCACCUGAAGUCAGACCCCAUGAAGACCAUAACACUUCAAGCCAAGAUGCAUUCGCUUCCAUAGAAAAUCCUGUCCAGGAAAUAAUCCACCCUACAUUAGCUCAGUCUGCCAUUAAUUUGGCUGAACAAAAUAUUUUAUUAACAGGAUCAAGUGCUAACCGUCAUAGUGCAGUGCAAAAAAUAAAGGUCAAGCAUGAUGCGGCGAAAAAGGGAGAUAAUUGUGGAGGGCGAGAGGAUGAAGAAACCAUAAUGAUUAUACAGGGGGAUCAGUUAGAGUCGGCUUUUGCUAGUCAUAUUAUUCAUCCCAGUGACCUCUCAGCACUAAGUAAAACUGCUGUUGAUUCAAAUUUGUCUUGGGAAAUCCGUUUUCGUUUGGAAGAGGAAGAAAAAAAUAUGUACAAAGCUAAAAUGGAGGAAUACAAAGCACAGGUAGAGCUUCUUCAGCAGCAAGUAUCAGACCUAGAAGCGCAACUAACUCAACAGAGCCAGCUCAAGCUACAGGAUCUCAUUGAGUCUCUUAGUGCAGGAGAAGCUGGCAAACAAGGACUGAGUCAACAGUUGGCUAAAUUUUUAGAGCAGUGUCAAGCCCAACCCUCCCAAGACAAUUCGUCUGAACUUCAUCAUCAGAUAGUCAAAACCGAGCCUGACCCCUCGUUAAGUGAUACCUCUGACCAUUCCCUCAAUGAUCAGCUAGUAGACCCGGCAUCUGAUGCCCACGAAAGUGGGGCUGUUAGUCAUCUGAAUGAAAUACCGGAAGGUUUCCAAGUGUUGUGCACCACAGUAGAUGGCCAUGUAGUUGUCACUCGCAACCCUAAUACUGUCUCUGGGGUGUCUAGGCGGACAUUGUUGAGCGACACUAGAAAUGCAGCUGUUGUGUCAACCUCUGGUCUUCCAGACAGUGGCCAAACCCUUUUCUCACAUAUUCUGGGUGCUCCAGGUAAAGACCAGACGUCUGCUACCUUAUCCAUCUCUGAUGCCACUGUAACUGCGACAAGCCUGAUAGCCGAUUUGUCACACGAAGACCAUGGUGAAUUAGGCAUCUUAGGUAGCGGGCACAGCUGUCAGAUGGAAGUGGUCACUGCUGCUGAUGGUCUGGCUGCCCUGGGGACCGGUGUAAGUAGUUUGUCAAACAACGCUGAAGAUAAUGGCGGCCAAGGUGGUUUUGUCAUGGACAUAGAAAACGGGGCCAGGAUCUAUGUUCAGGCAUCUGAGAGUUUACAAGUGGAGCAAUCCUUGGAAGAACAUUUUGAAAGUAAAGAGCCUGAAAGCAAACGAGCCCGGGUCACAUGAUUAGGUUUGCUGUCUUAGUUCUUUGGCAGUCCUCUAGAAUACACUCAGUUUAAUAUUCUAUACAAUUUAUGGCAGAUUCUUUUCCUGCAGUUCUAUUAUUGUCAGCUUUCAAAUGUAUUCAUUGUUUUCUGUCAUUUGUAGUUUUCUUCUUGAACAUGGAUAGUGUGCAAGCAUUUUGGAAUACAUUUUAUGACUCGUAGUAUGUGGCAAUAUUUAUAAUAUGAAUAAGACAUCUAUGUUCUAUUUGUAUAUUGGAAAAUGAUAAGUUGUUAGAACUUAAAGAUGAUUAAAAUGACGGCAUUUAUUUAUUUUAUUUUUUUAAAUAUGAUUAUGGUUUUUUUUUUCUAAUAAAAUGUUUUAGGCAGAUGAACUACUUCUAAAGGUCAGUGAUGAUUCGAAUGUUAAAUACACAAAAUAUUUAGGAUGCAGCUGUUUGACUGUUGUACACACUUGUUGGUCUCUUUUACUGAAGCAUAUCAUGUUUUAGCUUGAUAGGUUUAUUCUGGUAUCAGUUUCUUUUUUAAUCAAUGUAAUAAAUAAAACUAAUAUUUUUGUAGGUAUUAUAUGAUAGAUAUCUCAUAGUGAAUGGCAAUGAAAUAUUUAAAGUGCUCGUUGAGAUUGUGCUUUUAUGUCUCUAGAAAGCCUUUCUUAUUUCUGAAUUGGUUUUUUGAGAUGUAUUAAGAUGUGACAAAGUGACUAUUUGUAUGGUCUGGGACAAAAAAAAAUUACUGUUUGCGUGCUGAAUGAAAAUAUUGUUGGUGAGAUGUGUUACAAUAUUACUGCUUGUGCAGUAUAUGACGGAAGUACUUUUUGUGCAGUUUAUGAGUGAAUUCUUCAAGUGCAUAUCUAUUUAUGUUUUACUAUAUCCUUCAAUUUUCACCGAGGGAGAAAGUGUCAGAUGAGGUGAGGCCAGUGGCGUAGCUAAUGAUUUGGGGGCUGCGGGGCUUGACCUUUUGAGGAGACCCUGCAUUUUGACAUUCGAAAUCAUGACAUGAGAUAAUGUACUUAAUAAAUAUGUAAGUCUAAAUUCCAAUUGUACAGUAUAUCUGUAAAAUUUAAAAAAAAAUAAUCAUUAAGACUUUUAAUGUGUAAUAUCGUUGUUUAUUGGCCAGAUAAUGCACAAGUUACCAAUCUCAAUUCAUAUUGUCCCAUGUCAUGCUUUCUAGAUUAAUGCUGUUAGGUUUUUGACUCUACUUGAAUAGCAAAAUUAAAAGGCAGUGGCGUAGUAUUUAAUGUAAAAAAAGCAAAUUAGGACCUUCGUUUGGCGACCCUCCUCAAGUGGGGGCCAGGGGAAACUCAAAUUUGGACCCCCCCCCCUUUCUGCCACCGUAGCUACGCCACUGUGUGAGGCCUGAUAAAGCUUAAGUUAUACUCAAUCUGUAUUAACUAAAAUAGAUGAUGCUGUGUCCUUGUCUUUUUUUUUUAUUGGUUGCCAGCAUGAUAACAUUGUAUUCAAAUGUUUAUUUCCUGUUGUCAAGCCAUGUCAGAACUAAAGCAAAGACUUUUU